AGCAUAUGAUCCUCUCAUCAUUUUCUUUUCUUUUGCAGCGUUAUAUGUUAUACGGGAGAAGCGGUGGUUGGUUGUUGAAGGUACUGUAAGUAAGUGUAACGUUCCAUCUCUUUCCCUCUCUUCAAAAACCAUCCAUCGCAAUCUCAUUAGUCAUCACUCUCUCUCUCUCUCUAAGGCAAUGCCCUUUUCCUUCUGCAACGUCCUUCUCCUUUCCACUCCCUUCCUUUAACAACCCCUCUCUCACCAACAACCUAUUCAGUAUUGCCCCCUCAUUUCCCUUGCUAGCAUCCAAAAAUAGAAUAGCCCGAAGUAGAAGAAAGCUUCUCUGAGAAGAAGUGAAGCAAAACAAAACAAGAAAAGCAUGAUGUCGAGAAUAAACAACAACGGCGUUGCCUGGAUGGGCGAACGAGAAGACGAAAACUCUCGAAACCACAACAUCAUACCCACCGACACAACCACAACAAACACAGGUUUCGUCGAAACCACAAACAACGACUUAGGUUCUCUCUGCGCCUUCAAGCCCAUGCUCGACGUCGACGACGAAUGGUACAACAACAUCACCAACCACCACCACCACCACCACCACCACCACGACAUGACCUUCGACCCCGACAACCUCUUACUCCACGCUGCCACCGCCGUGGACUCCUCCUCCUCCUGCUCCCCCUACUUUUUCCCUCCCAAUCCCAAACCCCCCUUUCUUGUCAACCCCUUCGAUAUGGGCUUUCUUGACCCUCAAGCUUCUUCUUCUCCCUCUCUACCCCUUCUCCCCGAAUCAACACACUUCACACCCCCUCACACCACCACCACCGCUUUCGCCGGCUUCCAGAGCCGCCUCCAAGAGAGUGGUUCUUCAAAAUCUCUCUUUUUGAGGCCUCUCGAGUCGCUGCCACCCUCCGGGGCGCAACCCACGCUGUUUCAGAAGAGAGCCGCGCUUAGAAAAAACAUGGAAGGGAGUGAUAAUAAUAAGAAGAAGAGGAAGGAGAAGGAGAAGGACGAGGAGGUUGAGGAUUUGAGUUUCGAUGGCUCCGGGUUGAACUAUGAUUCUGAUGACUUGACUGAGAGCAAUUAUAAUAAUGUUUCUGAGGGUAAUACUGGGAAGAAUGGUGGGGUUAGUUCCAACGCGAACAGCACCGUCAUCACCGGUUUGGAUCAAAAAGGGAAGAAGAAGGGAAUGCCUGCUAAGAAUUUGAUGGCCGAACGACGCCGUAGGAAGAAGCUCAAUGAUAGACUCUACAUGUUGAGGUCCGUUGUUCCCAAGAUUAGCAAAAUGGACAGGGCUUCAAUUCUUGGGGAUGCAAUUGAGUAUCUGAAGGAGCUUCUGCAAAGGAUCAAUGAUCUGCAUAACGAGUUGGAAUCGACACCAGUGGGUUCUUCACUCACUCCUGUCUCAAGUUUCCAUCCUUUGACGCCUACUCCUCCUACGCUGCCAAGCCGAAUCAAGGAAGAACUGUGCCCCAGCUCAUUGCCCAGCCCCAAUGGCCAACCUGCUAGGGUUGAGGUUCGGCUGCGCGAAGGAAGGGCUGUUAACAUCCACAUGUUUUGUGCCCGCAAGCCUGGUCUGUUGCUCUCAACCAUGAGGGCUUUGGAUAACCUUGGAUUAGACAUUCAGCAGGCUGUUAUCAGCUGCUUCAAUGGAUUUGCUAUGGAUAUUUUUCGAGCCGAGCAAUGCAAAGAAGGUCAGGAUGUCCAUCCGGAGCAAAUCAAAGCAGUACUCUUGGAUUCAGCUGGCUACAAUGGCAUGAUGUAACUAGUUUUGACAAGAAACAAACUGGUAGCUGCUAUUUCACAGUCAAUUUGGCAAGUUAAAUCAGAAUCAGUUUUUACUUUGUUAUGUUCACAAUUCAAGUGUACGAUACUAGCUCUGGUAACUUGAGUUAAAGUUGAGGUAGAAGAAAUUUUCACAUGAAUUUUACCCCCUGCAGCGGCAGUUACUAUUUGGUACCUUUCACUUGCUCAUGUCGAACCGAAUCUUGAUGCUACUACUUCGAGUUCAAUUAGUUCAGGGACAUUUCUGAAGGCGCGUUUUGACGUGAAGUUUGUAUUUAUGUUUGUCGAAUCUAUUGUCCUCUUUAUACAGUUUUCGCCAAGGACAAAACUUUAAAGCAACUUUCUUUUUUUUCGUGUUUUUCCCCCUCUAUUAAGCAUGGUCAUCACACCCUUAUUA